ACUAGCACGCCCGGCUGGCCUCAGGGGAUGCCUGGUAGAGAAGAGGAUGAGAAAAAGCAGGGUCUGCCGGAUGGUCCUGGCCACUUGUCUGGGCUCUUUGCUCCUGGUGAUCUUCUACUUCCAGAGCAGCCUGAACCCAGCUGCAGAGGACAGGAUUCUGAAGACCAUCUGGCAUGACAAGUCCGGUCGAAGUCCUCUUCAGACUCUUUAUGAUAUCGACAAGGUUGAGCUGUCUUCCCUGCAAGCUACUCACCAACAGAGGCGAGACCUUCUAAGCAGAGUGUGUAACCGUUACACCCGCAAGCGACGCCUCCUGACUCCUGAUGACUUGCGCCACUUGGUCGUUGACGAUGUCCAUGGUCUGCUUUACUGCUAUGUCCCCAAGGUGGCCUGCACUAACUGGAAGCGCGUCAUGAUGGUCUUGACGGGGCGCGGCAAGUACCAGGACCCUUUGGACAUCCCAGCCAACGAGGCUCAUGUGUCAUCCAACCUGCGCACCCUCUCUGAGUACAGCACUCCUGAGAUCAACUACCGCUUGCGUAACUACCUCAAGUUCAUCUUUGUGCGGGAACCUCUCGAACGGCUGGUCUCGGCCUAUCGCAACAAGUUCACUCGUAGCUACAACACAGCAUUCCACAAGCGAUACGGGACCAAGAUCAUCCAGCGGCAUCGGCAAGACCCAAGUGAAGAGGCCAUGGAGCGCGGCCACGAUGUGCGUUUUGAGGAGUUCGUGUACUACCUGCUGGAUCCACAGACACAGCACGAGGAGCCUUUCAAUGAGCACUGGGAGAGGGUGCAUUCCCUUUGCCACCCCUGCAUCAUCCACUAUGAUGUAAUAGGCAAGUACGAGACAUUGACAGAGGAUGCCAACUACAUCCUGCGACUGAUUGGGGCUGACGCAGGCGUCAAAUUCCCAUCUUCCUCCAAGACCACCAGGACCAAUGAUGACAUGACAGCUAAGUUCUUCCAGAACAUUAGCCCCUUUUACCAAAGGAGACUAUUUAAUUUAUACAAAAUGGAUUAUUUGCUCUUCAACUACUCCAUUCCUUCCUAUUUACGCAUCCGGUGAGGCCGGUUACAGGAGACCCUGCCCCUCCCUCUCCAUUUUGGACUUCUGCUGUCAACCAGUGGGCAAAAGUAGGAAUUGCUUGUCCAUUCCCACUCUCAGUGCUGUGGGCAAUAUGGUGUGAUUCUAGUCCGUUAACACUGCAGCCCACAGUUCUGUGUCUUUCUCUCUCUUUUCCAAGUAAAGGGAACUACUACUGUUUCAUUGUAUUUCCUCCUGUUUCUCAACCAAAGAAAGUUAUUUCCAGAACAUUCUGGAACUGUGGCCUUUUGUGAGGAGGUGGGGUGGGCAGAGUCAGUCAGGAACAAUCUGAAAAGCAAUAAAAAGUAUGUCUUUUUAGUGUGUAAAAUUCCCUCAAACCUCUCUCUUGUACUUCGAAGAAGAUGGAAUGUGAGCCACCAAAAAGUGUCUUACUGUGAACAGUAUCAUAGUACGAACAAGGAUUUUCUAUGGAACAAAGCCGAUUUCAUCUCCCUUCUACUCUCUCUCAGCUGACAUUUGAGCUGGGCACCUCUUAGGGCUUAGUCCCCUGCAAAUUUCAUUGACAUGACGAGAAGUUCCACUGGAGCGGUGCUUAGUAGAUUACCCACCUGGCCUCUGUGUGGUGUACAUGCUGUGCUUGUGUGCAUCAAUAGCCCAACCAAGAGUAACAACCAAUUAUUUUCUUCAGUCAACAUAACAUUGGAUUGUUAUGGCCUCCUGUUUUUGUGGUGGCGGUGGUGAGUAAGUGAGUUGCAAAACACCUGCAGACAGAGGGUCAUCAAUGUUUCUCCAUUACCAGCUUGGGGGAAGUCCAUUGAACCACUCGGUAUCUUUGGAUCCCAUCACCCUCCAACCCUGCAAAUGGGAUUGCUGUUCUCUAUGCAAAAGUGCACAGGGCACACACCCCAUAGAUCCAGUGUUUCGUUUGUUUCUGAAAAUGUGCACUUGCAGCUCACCAUCGGUUUCCUUUCUCUCCUAUCACCCCGGGAGGCUGAAAAAACAAACCCCUUCAGGGUGACAGCCACCACUGCUUGUUUCCCUUGAAAUCUCUUGUAUUCUUUACCGUUGUGUCCUUUGGUGGGGGAUAGACUUCCUCCAGAUUAUAUUCAUGCAAACUGCAUUUAGAAAGAGCCAGGUGACUUGCUCUCAUCUGGAGAGAAGGGAUCGCAGACCCAGGGAAGAAGUGGGUUCUUUUGGCAUUCUAGCAACAGCUGGUAGAGGAAGAGCACAGCACUUGGAACAGGGCUGUUCUGCUUUGCUUGUGCCCUACACCUGGAUGACCUUCCCUUCCAUUAAACUUGGCUUAAUCCCUUGUGGUGGGACAUCGCCACAUAACAAGAGCCAAGCUGGAUCAGAACAGCGGUCCGUCUAGUCCAGCCUCCUGUUUCACACCGCUGCCAACCAGUUGCCCUGGAGAGACCAAGGCCUUCCCCUGAUGCGUCUGAACUCUGGGCUUCAGAGGUUUGUAGCCUCUGAAUGUGGAGGUUCCCUUUACUAACCAUAGUUGAUAGGCAUUGACUGACCCAUUCUCUAUGCAUCUGUCUUAUCCCCCUUUUAAAGCCAGUUGUCGCUUCUCACCCAAAGAAGCUGCCUUCUUAGGUAUGGGCCAAAUCUAUCUCCAGGCAUUUCUGUUUAUUUUUUUGGGAAGCACUUUGGAGUCCUGGGGAAGAGAAUGCACUCUAGAAAUGGGAAAAUAGGAAACUUUAAGCAAUGAUCAUGUGGGAUUUGGAGGCACAGUGGAGCAUGUGAAAGUGGCCACGGUGCCUGUGUGGGAAAAGACAGCCGUGUGGGUAAGCCCUUGCCAGGCUGCCAAGCUUUGUAGCAAUUGUACUUGAAGCAUCAGUCUUGAAACUGUAAAUCUGAAUUGGUCCAGGGGGCCACUUUUGCUUAAAUAAAG